UGGAGUUUCCCCGUUCAUGUUCAUUUUCCUUCACCCAUCAAUUCCAAGAACCUUCCUGUUACAUUUUAAACAUAAUAAUAAUCUAAAUCUAAUUACGUGUUGAUUGGGUUAUUCCCGUUGAAAAGUGACAAAAUUCUUUCAAAAACAUCGCAAUCAUCGUUGACGGAAGCAAGAAUAUCACAAAAAUCGAGACAGAUGUUGACAAAUUCGCAAUUAAAUUAACCCCCUUGAAGGGGGUGUCUUGCUUCUAGGGUUUGUUUCUUCAUCAUGGAUUUGUUUUGGGUCUGAUCGGCUGCGUAAUUUCUCUCAGUACUUUUCACAAACACAGCAGGGCUUGAUUUUUUCACCUUCUGGUUCUUGAAUUGUCUUGGGACUUUUCACAAACAGGUGGUGUGCGUGCUAAUUUUGAUCAUGAAUAUGUUUUGGGUCUGAUCGGCACUGUGAUUUCUCUUGGGACUUUUCACAAACACGUGGUGUGCGUGCAAGUUUUUAUCUGGUUUUGGUUUUUGAAACUUGGAAGUGGGCUUUAAGUUCUUGAAACAUGGGUUGUGUUUGUUGCAAAUGUAGUCGCAAAGCUCCGUCGUCUUGGUCGGAUGGUGGGAAGAAAAUAAAGGGGAAGAAAGAUAGAAAUGCAGCUGCAGAUGAGUUGUUAGAAGUUGUCCCCAUUCCUUCUCAUAACUUCAAGCUUGAGUGUGCUGUGCUUACGCGCAGAGGGUAUUAUCCCGACACGCCGAAUAAAGAAAACCAAGAUUGUUUUUGUAUCAAAACAAGUGUUCAAGGUAACCCAAAUGUCCAUUUCUUUGGUGUUUUUGAUGGGCAUGGUCAUGCCGGGAAACAAUGUUCAGAAUUCGUACAAAACAGACUCGUCGAGCUUCUUUGCAAUGACGAUACGUUAGUUGAAGAUCCUGUUAAUGCUUUUAACGUAGCUUUCUCAACGACUAAUACCGAGCUCCAUGAAAAUCCUGACAUUGAUGAUUCGAUGAGUGGCACGACGGCGAUUACUGUUCUUGUUAUUGGGGAUAAGCUUUACGUCGCUAAUGUGGGUGAUUCGAGAGCUGUGAUUGCUGUUAAAAAAGAUGAUCAUGGUCAUGUUGUUGCUCAAGAUUUGUCUCAAGAUCAAACCCCUUUUAGGAAUGAUGAAUGUGAGAGGGUAAAAGAAUGCGGGGCUAGGGUUUUGAGUGUUGAUCAAGUUGAAGGUGUGAAAGAUCCGAGCGUUCAAUCGUGGGGUGAUGAAGAGAAUGCGGGUAGUGAUCCACCACGGUUAUGGAUGCGGAAUGCGAUGUAUCCAGGAACUGCGUUUACUCGUAGUGUAGGUGAUAGCAUUGCGGAAAAGAUUGGUGUUGUGGCGGUUCCUGAAGUUUCAGUAGUUCAACUCACCGCUAAUAACCCGUCUUUUGUACUUGCGAGUGACGGCGUGUUUGAAUUCCUGUCUAGCCAAGCUGUCGUUGAUAUGGUUGAUAGAUACAUGGAUCCUAGGAGCGCGUGUGCUGCAGUUGCUGCAGAAUCAUACAAACUAUGGUUAGAGCAUGAGAAUCGUACAGAUGAUAUAACCAUCAUUGUUGUACAUGUUAACGGCUUAUUAAAUUCAGGUGUUACAAAUGGUGAUGAAGAAGGUGGAAGCAGUGGUGUCGAACCAACGGAUGUUACACCACCGCGGUCAGAGAGGUUCCGGUCAGUGGGAAGCAAUUUCUCACAGGCUCUUCAUUUCCAUCAAGCUUUGUUAACCAAUGAUAAGAAACCGCGUCUCGAGCCACCCAGAUGAUAGUUUGCAUGUCUUGUCGGGCAUGGUCAACCCAUGUAGCAGCAUUUUGUAUCAGUGUCGUGUUACUACGACGAUCAUUGUAACAUUAUGUGGUAUUACUAGUCUAGUUACCAUAGGUGGAUGAUUUUAACGAUUCAAGAAGAAAAAUGGAGUUCUUUUUGUAAAACAACGCUAAUGUUUGAAAGCAUUGCGAAAAAUGUUCUACGUUUUGGGUCGGGCUUCAGCCCAUUGGGCCUAAUCAUGUC